AUGACACUGUCUCGCUCGUCAUGGCUUGUCAGCACACUCUGCUUGACAGCGCAGCUUGGGUCGGCACUGCAGCUCACCAUCAGCAGUCCGGACUCUAUUAGGUCGACGGCUAGUGUCGUCGCAUACGACCUUAUGUCAUACUAUACCGGAAAUCGGACUGGAGAUGUCCCAGGAAACUUGCCAGCCCCGUACUACUGGUGGGAAGCGGGAGCCAUGUUCGGCGAGAUGGUCGAAUACUGGUACUACACUGGUGACACGACAUACAAUGACGAAGUCAAGCAAGCUCUGUUGCACCAAGUCGGGGAUGACAAAGACUACAUGCCAAGGAAUCAGUCAAAAUCAUUGGGCAAUGAUGACCAAGUCUUCUGGGCCUUCAGCGCCAUGACGGCCGCCGAGUUGAAAUUCGAGGAUCCGGGAGAUGGACAGCCGUCGUGGCUGGCACUGGCGCAGGCCGUAUUCAACGAGCAAGCAUCAAGAUGGGACACGGAGACCUGCGGUGGAGGAUUACGCUGGCAGAUCUUCACCUUCAAUGCCGGAUACGACUACAAGAACGCUAUCUCGAACGGUGGUUUCUUCCAGCUGGCGGCACGCCUGGCGCGUUACACCCAGAACCAAACAUACGUCGACUGGGCCGAGAAAACGUGGAAGUGGUAUGCUGGAACCCCGUUGCUCGAUAUGGAAACCUGGCAAGUCAACGACGGAUCGAGUACGCAGAAGAACUGCUCGGAUGCCAGUCAGCUGCAGUGGACCUACAACUACGGUGUCUUCAUUGCCGGAAACGCAUACCUCUACAAUUACACUGGUGAUGGAAAGUACUUGGACCGCCUUGACGGUCUUCUAAAUACGACACUUCCAAGAUUCUUCCCUGACAACAUGGGAGGCGUUCUGGUCGAGGUAGCAUGUGAGCCCCUGGGCAACUGCAACAAUGAUCAACCCGCAUUCAAGGGGUUCCUCAUUCGAUGGCUCGCAGUCACAGCACAACUGGUGCCAGAAGUAUACGACCGCAUUUUCGAAUACUUGCGCAAAUCGGCGUCUGGGGCUGCAGGACAGUGCUCGGGAGGAGAGCUAGGAAGACACUGCGGUCGCGAGUGGAACUCGACGACGUGGGACGGAGUUUCAGGAGUCGGCGAACAGAUGUCAGCACUUGCGGCUAUCCAAGCUAUGAUGAUGGAUACAACCGAUCUCGCUGCACCCGUGGGAGCGACGACUGGAGGAACAAGUAAGAGCAACCCGAGUGCAGGCACAGGCGCCAGUGGCACGACGGGUAGUAAUGGUCUCCCGUCGGUGAACAGAGAGACUAUUACGACUGGCGACAAGGCUGGAGCCGGGAUCUUGACAGCAGUGGCACUGCUACUUACACUCAUCACGGGAGGAUGUUUGGUCCUCGAAUGA